AUGGAAGUUCAAGGACUAAAAUCUUUACAACCAAAUCGAGUAGUUUAUUGUACAAUGGAAGUUGAUGGAUGUCCAAAACUUCAAACAGACCAUGCCGAAGCUUCUAAACCUUCGUGGGAUACUCAAGGAGAUUUUUGUACAAAACAUCCAUUACCAACAAUUAAAGUUAAAUUAUAUGCCGAAGUAAAAAACAUUGUAGCUUUUGAAGACAAAGAACUUGGAAAAGUUGUAAUACAACCAACACCUAAUUGCUCUAGACAACCUGAAUGGUAUAAAAUGACAGUUCCAAAAAAUAGUUCUGAUAAAAAUUUGGGAAUCAGAAUUGCAAUUCGUGUUGAAAAACCUCCAAAUUUAAAAACUUGUGGAUAUUGUUAUGGAAUUGGGAGAGUAGCUUGGAAAAAAUGGAAAAGACGGUUUUAUUGCCUUGUUCAAGUAUCACAAUAUGCCUUCGCUAUGUGCAGUUACCGUGAGAAAAAAUCUGAACCUACAGAAUUUGUCCAAUUAGAUGGGUUUACUAUAGAUUAUGUACCUGAACCAGAUCCUGAGCUUUACAAUCAAGGCGGAAAAUAUUUCUUUACGGCUAUCAGAGAAGGAGAUGAAUUAAAAUUUGCAACGGAUGAUGAGAAUGAAAGAAAUCUUUGGGUACAAGCUUUGUACCGCGCAACGGGACAAGCUUAUAAACCUGUGCCUCCAAAGCAAUCUGUAUUAGCCUCAAAAACACAGGGACUACAAGAUAAAGCUUCAAAACAUGGUUUGGAUGAAUUAAUCCAAGCAGAUCCAGUUCAAAUGGCUCAUGACCAUUUAUUUGCUAAAUUGCAGAGUAUGGCCUUAGAUUAUAGAUUAAAUGACCCAAUCUGUUCUUUGGGUUGGUUUUCUCCCGGUCAAGUUUUUGUAUUAGACGAGUAUUGUGCUAGAUAUAUGGUUAGAGGAUGUCAUAGACAUGUGUCUCUGUUAAAUGAUUUAUUAAAUAAAGCAGAUGAUGGGCAUUUAAUAGAGCCAACUUUAAUACAUUAUUCUUUUGCUUUUUGUGCUUCUCAUGUACAUGGAAAUAGACCAGAUGGUGUAGGUACAGUUACAUUAGAAGAAAAAGAACACUUUCAAGAAGUAAAAGAACGUUUAAAAGUUUUAUUAGAAAAACAAAUAACCAAUUUUCGUUAUUGUUUUCCUUUUGGAAGACCAGAAGGAGCACUUAAAGGAACACUUUCUUUGUUAGAAAGGGUUUUAAUGAAAGAUGUUGUUUCUCCUGUUCCUCCUGAAGAAGUUCGUUCAGUAAUUAAAAAAUGUUUGGAAGAAGCAGCAUUAAUUAAUUAUACAAGAAUUUGUAAUGAAGCUAAAAUUGAACAAAGAAUGGGUGUUGAUAUAAGUCCACAGCAAAGAAUAGAAGAUAUGAUUAGAAUAACUGAAUUGUGUAUAGACUUGCUCAAAGAAAAUGAAGAACAUCAUGGAGAGGCUUUUGCCUGGUUCUCUGACCUUUUGGUUGACCAUUCAGAAAUAUUUUGGACUUUAUAUUCUGUUGAUUUGGAUGCUGCUUUAAAAAUGCAACCACCCGAUUCUUGGGAUGCUUUCCCCCUUUUUCAAUUGCUCAACGAUUAUUUAUGUACAGAUACAAAUUUAAGAAUGGGACCUUUUCAUAGAAAUUUGGUAGAACAAUUCGAGCCGAUGGUCAAACAUUAUAUUAAUUUAAUGGAGAAUAGUAUUGCUUCUUCUAUUGAUAAAAACUUUCAAAGAGAAAGAUGGGAAGUUAGAAAAGAUGGUUGUUCAACAUCAGAAGAUAUUUAUUGGAAACUUGAUGCCUUACAUGGUUUUAUCCAAGAUUUGAAUUGGCCAGCAGAAAUAUUUGCAAUGGAGUUACAGGGAAGAAUGAGAAGUUUAUCAUCUGAAAUGAUUUCACGUUGUGCUUGUUGUACUUAUCAAUGUUUUGACCAAUUUAUGCAAAGAGUAAAGAAAUCUUUGGAUUGGAUUUUACCCUCAGAAGUUUGUGUUAUGGUUAACGUUGUUUUUGCCUCUAAAGCUAGAGCUGCUAAAUUAAAUGGGGGUGAACAUGCUCUUUUUGCAUUAGACGAUACUCUUGAUACAAUGUUGGCAGAUAUGGGGACAAUAAUUGAAGAAAAAUUGCUUUCAAUUCUUGAAUUUACUCUUUCAAGAUUGGCUAGAUAUGAUGAGGGUAAUCCAAUUGGUGCAUUAUUGUCAAUGGCCCCAAAACCAAAUACAAUAUUUAAUAAAAUGAGAAAUUUGGUUGGAGAAGGUUCUUCCCCAACUAAUCAACCACAACAACAUUCACUUCCCUUAAAUCAACAAAAUUUAAAUCAAAAUAAUUCUGCUGGGGGUGCUUCCUCUGCACAUUUGGGGCAAUCUUAUGUACAUUUUAUGCGUGGAUCUUCUGAACAAAUUCAACAAGUAGUUGCUGAUGAAGUUUGGGUUAAUAGAUUAUUACAGGAAUGGUAUGCCGGGCAAAUGCGAAUGUUAAAUGAAUGGUUAACAGAAAGACUUCAACAAUCAUUAUCUCCCUAUCAAUUAACAUGCCUCUCCUUCAUGUUUAAAAAAAUUUACUCAGAUUUUGAAUUACAUGGAAUAGAUGAAGAACAAUUAAAUAGUAAAAUAUAUCAAUCAGUCCAACGUCGCCUUCAAUUAGAAGAAACAAAUUCAGCUUUAAAUGAAUCUUCUAAUCGAAUCCACCACUCUUCUGGACCUGGAAGGGGGGCACUUGGAGGGUUUACAAAUCAAUUGGGACAGUCUGCUUUGUUUGUUUUUUUAAUUACUCAAUCAGUAAACAAUAAUUAUAUAUUUUAA